GGUACACAUGGGUGGUGUGGUGGGCAGCGGAGUGUUUGUUUACAUCAGUAAGCUUUCACAGUGGAUCGAGUUGAGUAUUUUUAAAAUUUUAACACACCUUUUAUUAGGUCGUUUAGGUAGGUACAUAGGCUUCAUUUAAUCGUAAAAAUGAAGUUCCGAGCUGUAAUAACGGACACACUCUGUAUGCGCGAACUGUUGGAUAUUGUCACAACAUUUUCCCGAAUCAAUCGCAACAUCGCCAUCAAUAUCCAACCGACGAAAGUGCUGAUACAAAUCGAUGGCGAGGUGGAAGCCGGUCAGUGUUUGUGGUGCGAAAUCGAUGCCUCGGAUCGGAAUGGAUUUUUCAGUGAAUUCGUUAUGGACGGUGUUGAUAAGGAGCACAAUCAGAUCUAUUUGAUGGCGGCGGCGACCAAUCUGGUUCAGGCUCUAUCCUACACUAAGAACAACUCGAUGGAUUACGUCAAACUCAAACUAGUGAAGACGGAUGUGGCUUGCUUGGCGGUGGAAAUGAGUGGAAUUGUGCACAAUGAGAGCGACAUUAUGAACCCGAAGGUGCAGCACCAGAUACCGGUUACAGUAGUUCCCCGAAGCGAGUGGCACAAUUUCAGCUUGCCGCUGGAUAUGGUGUACGAUUUGACGGUUUUGCUGCCGUCCGUUAAAUCCUUGAAGGGUUUGAUGGACAAGAAGAAGAACAUGUCCCCAUCGGUGACAAUUUAUGCGACGCUGGCCGGCGAGCUGUCAUUAGUGGUGGAAACGGACGUUGUCACGGUGGCCAGUCACUUCAAAGGGCUUCAGUGCGCCAGAGGGAAACCACCGGGUGCAGCGGAUGAACUGGAGGACGAAAGCCUAGAGGCAGCUUGCAAGGUGGACGCAAAGAAGCUCUCGACCUUGCUAGAGAGCGUCGACUUCUGUGAAACGAAAAUGAUUGCCAACAUCAAGAACGAACAUUUGCUCAAGAUCAAGUUUGAAUUGAGGGAGAAAGCGUUCAUGAACUUCAUACUGCCGGCAGUGGAUUUCGAAUGAAAUAAAGUUUUAGUUUUCUAAUGAA